AUGUCUCGCCAGUCGCGUCGUCGUUUGUCGCCGACCUCCUCAGCAACGAGCGAGCACGGCGUACGUGGCGGCGCAACGUCCAUAGCCCGUCACAGCAGCAUUUUGAAGCCUAACUCUCAACUCCCAUCAACCCCUACCGUCCUCCCUUCCCUCCCCCUUCCCCUUUCUCUCCCCUUCCACCCUAUCUCCCGUUCCCCCCUCUCUCUCCCCCAGCCGCUGGUGGCAGCAAGCGCGGCGUGCGUGGUGGCGCAGUGCUUAAAGCCUGUUAUAGCGGCCGCAGCAGGGGACGGCUUUAACUGGCGCCUUGUGUUCAAGUCGGGCGGCAUGCCCUCCUCACACUCCGCUGUGCGUGCCCUCCCCCUCGCUCCCCUCCCUCGUUUGCUUCCCCGCUCCGCUGCUCCCUUGCUUCCCUGCUCCUCUGCUCUCCUCUUCCCCUGCUUUCUUGCUCCCUUGCUUCUUCGCCCUCUCUCGGCCAAUGACCAGUCCUCUUUCCUUAAACUCUUUCCCUCAUCCCAAACCACUGCAAUCCAGUCCUUCCCUCAUCCACGCCCUGCGAUCGCCCCACCUCCCUCUUACGUCCACAAUACCGCCUUUCCCUGCCCUCCAACCGCCCUGCCCCCCUCUCCCCCAUGCAUUCUGACUCUGCUUGUGCCCGCUCGUUCCAUGCACUGGGCCAUGGCAGGUUGUGACAGCUCUGGCCACGUCAAUCUACUUCGAGCGUGGAGCAUCAGACGCUCUCUUUGGAGCAACAGUAGUGUUUGCCACCAUAGUCAUGUACGACGCCCAGGGGGUGCGGGGAGCAGUGGGGAAGCAAGCUCAGCAACACUGGAUGGGAUAGAUUGGGACGACAGCCGCAUUUCAGCCUACAUUAGCCCUAGCAGUUCAGGGAGUGAUAGUGAGAGCAGCAGGUUACCAGCAGCACAGCGGUGGAGGCGGUCCAGGUCGUUCUGGGCGGCGGUGUUUAGGGAGCCGGCAGUUGUGGAGGGGGAGGUGGAGGUGCAGGAGAUAGGGCAGCUGGAGGGGUGGCGAAACGUGCCGCUCAAGGAAUCGGUGGGGCAUACCAAGGCUGAGGUGGUUGGGGGUGCGGUGGCUGGUGUUCUGCUCAGCUUGCUCAUCGAAUUGUUCAGCUGA